AUGAAAGACUUGACUGAUCAACACAUUGACAAAGAAGUUUUGAAGACGCUUUGGUUACAACGUUUACCAACUAAUAUCCAGCAAAUUUUAGCAACGUUCGAUGGCAGCAUCGAAGAAUUGGCUUUGAAAGCUGACACUAUAAUGGGAAUUUCUGCAACAAAUGUUGAUGUUAAUGUGGUCAAGGUACCGGAUGACGGCAUGCAAGCUGCUAUCUCCGACUUGACGAACAGGCUAGAUCGCCUCACACUCAAUAAUCAACGCAACUUCGUCCGCAACGACCGGAGCUACACGAAUAACGUGUCUCAUUCGCAACGACCUGUUAGUUCUCGGCAGGGCUCAUCUACACCGAAACAGGACACUCUUUGUUGGUAUCACCGUACGUUUCGCGACAGCGCAACCAGGUGCCGCUCGCCUUGUACUUAUCGUCAACAACGCGCGGAAAACUAG